AUGGGUAGACCAAAUCCUCCACAAUUACCAAAAGGUUGGGUCGCACAAUGGGAUGAUGAAUAUCAAAGAUAUUUUUAUGUUAAUCAAAAAACUGGGAAAUCGCAAUGGGAAAUUCCUCAAGAACACGAAAGAGAAGAGAAUGUAGGUUCAUCAUCUGCUCAAUCCUAUUAUAAUAAACCAGUUGAUAAACCACAACAGGAAUUUCCAACUUCUUCAACUAAACGUGAUGGUGAAAGAGGUGUUGAUGGUGAACCACAAGAUCGUGGAAUUGGUUCAUUUGUCAUGAAUCAAGCAAUGAAUCAAAUGAGUGGUGGUUCCCAACAUGGUCAAGGUGGUUAUGGUGGUGGUAAUAGUAAUUCAGGUGGUUUAGGACAAGCUGCAGCUUUAGUUGGUGGAUUAUUAUCAUCAAACGCAUCAGGUAAUCAAAAUCAUAAUCAAAAUUCAAGUGGUGGUGGUUUAGGUAGUUUAGCUAAUAUUUUUUCAGGAUCUAGUAAUAACAACCAUAAUCAAAAUCAAUAUGGAAAUAAUCAAAGUGGAAGUGGUGGCUUUUUCGGUGGUUCAAAUAAUAAUAAGAACAGGUAUGAUAAUAACCAAUACGGAAAUAAUCAAGGAUAUGGAAAUGAUAAUUAUAAUAAUCAAAACAAUCAAAGUGGUGGUGGUUUAGGUUCAUUAGUCGGUAGCUUAUUAGGUGGUGGAAAUAAUAACAAUAACCAUAAUAGAUAUGAUGAUAAUAGAUACGAUAACAAUAACCAAUUUGGAAAUUCAAAUUCACAAUCUUCUGGUGGUGGUGGUUUAUUAAAUAGUUUCCUUGGUGGUAAUAACAAUGAACGUCCAUCACAACAUCAUAAUAGAUAUGAUAAUGAUAACAAAUAUGGAAAUGAUAAUUCUAGAAGAAACGAUCACGAUAGAAAUGAUUAUGCUAAUAAUAAUAAAUUUGGAAGUGGUGGAUUUGAAGAAGGUAAUAAUAGGUUUGGAGGUGAGGAUAGAUAUGGAGAAAGUAAUAGAUACAAUGAAGGCAAUAGAUUUGAAGGAGGAAAUAAUAAAUUUAAUGCAGGUGAUAGAUAUGGACAAAAUGAUAAUUAUGGAGGUGGAAGAUAUGGAAACAAUGAUAAUUACGGUGGUAAUAAUAAUCAUAAUAAUAACAGAUGGUAA